CAGUCUGCGCCGGGGCGGGGCAGCGGCCAAGUAGGCGCGUCCCAACGGCUGCCGCGACCGUUCGAACUUCGUGCUGCUGCAGUUCGGUGAAUCUCCGAGUAAGAGCUAGAGAUGUUGAAUAGAUAAGGCAGGAUGCGGACCUGAUUUGUUUACUUGUCUGAGAGUGUCUUCUCACUUAAGCAGAAGCAAAUUUGUGGAAACAAAAUGGGAAAGAGGAUCAGUUUGUCUAUUGAGAUGACAUAGUAUUUCAUUUAAUUUCCUGCCACUUUCUUCCCAUAAGAAAUGGAAUCUAUUUCAUCAGACUACUAUAAUAAAGACAAUGAAGAAGAAAGUUUGCUUGCAAAUGUUGCUUCCUUAAGACAUGAACUGAAGAUAACAGAAUGGAGUUUGAAGAGUUUAGGGGAAGAGUUAUCCAGUGUUAGUCCAAGUGAAAAUUCCGAUUAUGCCCCUAAUCCCUCAAGGUCUGAAAAGCUCAUUUUGGAUGUUCAGCCUAGCCACCCUGGACUUUUGAAUUAUUCACCUUACGAAAACGUUUGUAAAAUAUCUGGUAGCAGCACUGAUUUUCAAAAAAAGCCAAGAGAUAAGAUGUUUUCGUCUUCCAGCCCUGUGGAUCAGGAGAUUAAAAGCCUUCGAGAGAAGUUAAAUAAACUUAGGCAACAGAAUGCUUGUUUGGUCACACAGAACCAUUCCUUAAUGACUAAAAUGGAAUCUAUCCACUUUGAAUUAACACAGUCAAGAGCAAAAAUUUCUACGCUUGAAUUUGCUCAACAGCAGGCUGCCAGUGUCCCAAUCUUAGAAGAACAGAUUAUAAAUUUGGAAGCAGAAGUUUCAGCUCAAGAUAAAGUUUUGAGAGAGGCAGAAAAUAAACUGGAACAGAGCCAGAAAAUGGUAAUUGAAAAGGAACGGAGUUUGCAGGAGUCCAAAGAGGAAUGUAUAAAAUUAAAGGUGGACUUACUUGAACAAAGCAAACAAGGAAAAAGAGCUGAACAACAAAGGAAUGAAGCACUGUAUAAUGCCGAAGAGCUGAGUAAAGCUUUCCAACAAUAUAAAGAAAAAGUGGCUGAAAAACUGGAAAAGGUUCAAGCUGAAGAAGAAAUAUUAGAGAGAAAUCUAAUUAACUGUGAAAAGGAAAAUAAAAGGCUACAGGAAAAGUGUGGUCUAUAUAAAAGUGAACUUGAAAUUCUGAAAGAGAAAUUAAGGCAGUUAAGAGAAGAAAAUAGCAAUGGAAAAGAAAAAUUAAGGAUCAUGGCAGUGAAAAAUUCAGACGUCAUAGCACAAUUAACUGAAUCUAGACAAAGUAUUCUGAAGCUAGAGAGUGAGUUAGAGAACAAAGAUGAAAUACUUAGAGACAAGUUUUGUUUAAUGAAUGAAAACCGAGAAUUAAAGGUUCGUGUUGCGGCACAGAAUGAGCGAUUAGAUUUAUGUCAACAAGAAAUUGAAAGUUCAAGAAUAGAACUAAGAAGUUUGGAAAAAAUUAUAUCCCAGUUGCCAUUAAAAAGAGAAAUAUUUGGCUUUAAAUCAUCUCUUUCUAAAUACCAGAUGAGUAGCUUGUCAAACAAGGAAGACAGUUGCGUCGGCUGCUGUGAGGGAAGUAAACUGGUGAUUUCAGAAUUGAGGAUUAAGCUUGCAAUAAAAGAGGCAGAAAUUCAAAAGCUUCAUGCAAACCUAACUGCAAAUCAGUUAUCUCAGAGUCUUAUUACUUGCAAUGACAGCCAAGAAAGUGGCAAAUUAAGUAGUUUAGAAACAGAACCUGUAAAGCUAGGUGGUCAUCGAGUAGUGGAAAGUAUAAAAGAUCAAAAUCAACAUACUGUGAACAAGCAAUAUGAAAAAGAGAGGCAAAGACUUGUUACUGGAAUAGAAGAACUGCGUACUAAACUGAUACAAAUAGAAGCUGAAAACUCUGAUUUGAGGGUUAACAUGGCUCACAGAACUAGUCAGUUUCAGCUGAUUCAAGAGGAGCUACUAGAGAAAGCUUCGAACUCCAGCAAACUGGAAAGUGAAAUGACAAAGAAAUGUUCUCAACUUUUAACUCUUGAGAAACAGCUGGAAGAAAAAAUAGUUGCUUAUUCUUCUAUUGCUGCAAAAAAUGCCGAACUAGAACAGGAGCUUAUGGAAAAGAAUGAAAAGAUAAGAAGUCUAGAAACCAAUAUCAAUACUGAGCAUGAGAAAAUUUGUUUAGCCUUUGAAAAAGCAAAGAAAAUUCACUUGGAACAGCAUAAAGAAAUGGAAAAGCAGAUUGAAAGACUUGAAGCUCAACUAGAGAAAAAGGACCAACAAUUUAAAGAACAAGAAAAGACCAUGUCCAUGUUGCAACAAGAUAUAAUAUGCAAACAGCAUCAUCUUGAAUCACUAGAUAGACUCUUGACGGAAAGCAAAGGGGAAAUGGAAAAGGAAAAUAUGAAGAAAGAUGAAGCUUUAAAAGCAUUACAGAAUCAAGUAUCUGAAGAAACAAUCAAGGUUAGACAACUAGAUUCAGCAUUGGAAAUUUGUAAGGAAGAACUUGUCUUGCAUUUGAAUCAAUUGGAAGGAAAUAAGGAAAAGUUUGAAAAACAGUUAAAGAAGAAAUCUGAAGAGGUAUAUUGUUUACAGAAAGAGCUAAAGAUAAAAAAUCACAGUCUUCAGGAGACUUCGGAGCAAAACAGUAUUCUACAGCAUACUCUUCAGCAACAGCAGCAAAUGUUACAACAAGAGACAAUUAGAAAUGGAGAGCUAGAAGAUAUUCAAACUAAACUUGAAAAACAGGUGUCAAAACUGGAACAAGAACUUCAAAAACAAAGGGAAACUUCAGCUGAAAAGUUGAGAAAAAUGGAGGAGAAAUGUGAAUCAGCUGCACAUGAAGCAGAUUUGAAAAGGCAAAAAGUGAUUGAGCUUACUGGCACUGCCAGGCAAGUAAAACUUGAGAUGGAUCAGUACAAAGAAGAGCUGUCUAAAAUGGAAAAAGAAAUAAUGCACCUAAAACGAGAUGGAGAAAAUAAAGCAAUGCACCUCUCUCAAUUAGAUAUGAUCUUAGAUCAGACAAAGACAGAGCUAGAAAAGAAAACAAAUGCUGUAAAGGAGUUAGAAAAGUUGCAGCAUAAUACCGAAACUGAACUAACAGAAGCCUUGCAAAAACGGGAAGCACUAGAGUCUGAACUACAAAAUGCUCAUGGAGAAUUAAAAAGUACUUUAAGGCAACUCCAGGAAUUGAGAGAUGUACUACAGAAGGCUCAGUUAUCAUUAGAGGAAAAAUACACUACAAUAAAGGAUCUCACAGCUGAACUUAGAGAAUGCAAGAUGGAGAUUGAAGACAAAAAGCAGGAGCUCCUUGAAAUGGAUCAGGCACUUAAGGAGAGAAAUUGGGAACUAAAGCAAAGAGCAGCUCAGGUUACACAUUUGGAUAUGACUAUUCGUGAGCACAGAGGAGAAAUGGAACAAAAAAUAAUUAAAUUAGAAGGUACUCUGGAGAAAUCAGAAUUGGAACUUAAAGAAUGUAACAAACAGAUAGAAAGUUUGAAUGACAAAUUACAAAAUGCUAAAGAACAGCUUCGAGAAAAAGAGUUUAUAAUGCUACAGAACGAACAGGAGAUAAGUCAACUGAAAAAAGAAAUUGAAAGAACACAACAAAGGAUGAAAGAAACAGAGAGUGUUAUGAAAGAGCAGGAACAGUACAUUGCUACUCAGUACAAGGAGACUAUAGAUUUGGGGCAAGAAUUGAGGCUAACCCGGGAGCAGAUGCAGAACUCUCAUACAGAAUUGGUGGAGGCUCGUCGUCAACAAGUCCAAGCACAGAGAGAAAUAGAAAGGCUCUCUAGUGAACUGGAGGAUAUAAAGCAACUCUCUAAAGAGAAAGAUGCUCAUGGGAACCAUUUAGCUGAAGAAUUGGGGGCUUCUAAAGUACGUGAAGCUCAUUUAGAAGCAAGAAUGCAAGCAGAAAUCAAGAAAUUGUCAGCAGAAGUAGAAUCUCUCAAAGAAGCUUAUCAUAUGGAGAUGAUUUCACAUCAAGAGAACCAUGCAAAGUGGAAGAUUUCUGCUGACUCUCAAAAGACUUCUGUUCAGCAACUAAAUGAACAAUUAGAGAAGGCAAAAUUGGAAUUAGAAGAAGCUCAGGAUACUGUAAGCAAUUUGCAUCAGCAAGUCCAAGAUAGGAAUGAAGUAAUUGAAGCUGCAAAUGAAGCAUUACUUAUUAAAGAAUCAGAAUUAACCAGAUUACAAGCCAAAAUUUCUGGACAUGAAAAGGCAGAAAACAUCAAGUUUCUACCAGCCCCAUUUACAUCUCCAACAGAAAUUAUGCCUGAUGUUCAAGACCCAAAAUUUGCUAAACAUUUUCACACAUCUUUUUCCAAGUGUACAAAACUACGUCGCUCUAUUAGUGCCAGUGAUCUUACUUUCAAAACUCAUGGUGAUGAAGAUCUUUCUGAAGAAUUACUACAGGACUUAAAGAAAAUGCAAUUCGAACAGCCUGCAACAUUAGAAGAAAGCCAUAAGAAUCUGACUUACACCCAGCCAGACUCAUUUAAACCUCUCACGUAUAACCUAGAAGAUGAUAGUUCUGAGAGUAAUGACUUUAGCACACUUAGUGGGAUGCUAAGAUACAUAAACAAAGAAGUAAGACUAUUAAAAAAGUCUUCUAUGCAAACAGGUUUAACUCAGGGAGAAAAUGUGUGAUUAAAAGAAGAUACUGAUGUGAUGAAAAAAAUGGAAUUUUUGGUACUGUGCUGUGUUUACUUAUUAUAUGUAGCUCUUGCUUCAUAGAAGCUGUUAUUUUGCUUUUGAAUAAAUUUUAUAUUUCAGUAUUUUAAAAGAAAGGCCUUCUGAAACUUAAUUAUAUUUUUAGAGAAAAUUGAUUAUUAUUUUUUGGCUUAAACUUGCUGCUUUCCUUUGCUUUUUAUAUAAAAAUCAUUGUUAAAAUGUGUAAGUACAUAGAGGAAUGUGAAUUCUUUUUUUUUUUUUUUUUUUUUUUUUUGGAAAUGUCUCACAUAUUUAUUACUAAACCCAGUCAACCAAUACAUUCAUAACAGCUUCAGAGAGAAAAAAUAUAAUCCCAAUAAAACAUGUCCAACUCUCCAAAUAGUGGUGACAUUUUCAGCUUGAUAUGAUAACAUGAUUGUGACCUUCAGACGGCAUAAAUAUGCGUGCCAUCUCAUGUGGAAUUCCCUAUAGAACCAACUUGGUUCUUUUCCAUUGUCUCCUUUUGGAGUUGUACCUGGUUUUAUUACCAGUUUUCAUCCUAAUCCACUGGGGAAUGGGACGAUUUUGCUUUUUGGCUGGGAAUUGCAUAAUCCUGAAAGUCUUUUGAGAUGACAUGGCGAGAAGUGGAGUCAAGCAUACACCACGAUGGCGGAGAAAGGAAGAGAGGCGAGGAAUGUCUGUUCUUAAUCAGACUAUUAUUUGCUAUUUUUUCUAGUAAUUUUUAAAAAUCUUAAUUUUUAAAAUUAAUAUGAAUUUGUAAGUAAUUCUGCCACAGGUUUAUAGUUAUACUAAUAAUGGCUGACUUUCAUUGAGUAAGUUUCAUUGAGUGAUAAACAGCAAGCUUAUCAGUGACUAUUCUAGGCACUUGUAUUAGUCUGUUCUCAUGCUGCCAAUAAAGACAUACCCCA